AGCUUUUGGUCCCAACUAGCUGGCUGCUGUGCCUAUAGGCUUGUCACACGGAGGACCACUGUGCCUGAUUGCAGUGCUCUGACAGGAACAGAGAGAGAGAGAGAGAGAGAGAGAGAGAGAGAGAGAGGAGAGAAAGAGAGAGAUCGGAGCGAGAGAGAAGAGAGAGAGAGGAGGACAGGAGAGGAGGAGGAGAGCAGAAAAAAACUUUGAUUUAUAGAGGAGGCUUUUUCACAUUAUGGUGGCAGUGUGCAGAUGGAUUCCAUAGAGCUUUCCCUUCCUGAGUAUUUCUCCCUACACUCAGAACAAGAGUAGAAUGAACUUAUCAAAGGCCCAGGUUAAUAGUGAAGAUAAGUACGGCAAAUGUGGCAGCGCGUGGAGAAUGCAACAGACUUACGACCUCGAUGCCACUCACAUGCGUGACGCACAUGCACUUUAUAACCCAAGGCUCCUCUGCAGAAUGUCCAGCAAAGAGCGCCACCUAGAGUCCAACUGCCCGUCCUACAUUAAGACAGAGCCCUCCAGCCCCGCCUCCCUGGCAGACAGCAUCAACCACCACAGCCCUGGGGGUUCCAGCGACGCCAGCGGCUCCUACAGCUCAACCAUGAACGGCCACCAGAACGGCCUGGACUCCCCCACCCUGUACGGGCCUGGUGCCGGACCCCUGGGCCCCGCGGGGGCCUCCAAGCGCUACGAGGACUGCUCCAGCACCAUCGGGGAGGACUCGCAGAUCAAGUGCGAGUACAUGUUGAACUCCAUGCCUAAGCGGCUGUGCCUGGUGUGUGGCGACAUCGCCUCGGGCUACCACUACGGCGUGGCCUCCUGCGAAGCCUGCAAGGCCUUCUUCAAGAGGACCAUCCAAGGGAACAUUGAGUACAGCUGCCCUGCCACCAACGAGUGUGAGAUCACCAAGAGGAGACGCAAGUCCUGCCAAGCCUGUCGCUUCAUGAAGUGUCUAAACGUCGGCAUGAUGAGAGAAGGUGUGCGUCUGGACAGGGUGCGUGGGGGCAGACAGAAGUACAAGCGCCGGAUAGACGCUGAGAACAGCCCUUACCUCAACCCUCAACUGGCCCUGCCUGCCAAAAAGCCAUUUCCCUUUGGCUGCCUUGCAGAUAACAAAAUCGUGUCCCACCUGCUGGUGGCCGAGCCUGAGAAGAUCUACGCCAUGCCUGACCCUACCGUCCCCGACAGUGACAUCAAGGCCCUGACCACGCUGUGUGACCUAGCUGACCGCGAGCUGGUGGUCAACAUCGGCUGGGCCAAACACAUCCCAGGUUUCUCCACGCUGUCGCUGGCAGACCAGAUGAGUCUACUGCAGAGUGCGUGGAUGGAGAUUCUGAUCCUGCGUGUGGUGUACCGCUCGCUGUCCUUCGAGGACAAGCUGGUGUAUGCUGAGGACUACAUCAUGGACGAGGACCAGUCCAAGCUGGCAGGUCUUCUUGAUCUCAACAACGCCAUACUGCAACUGGUGAAGAAAUACAAAGCCAUGAAGCUGGAGAAGGAAGAGUUUGUCACUCUCAAGGCUAUCGCUCUGGCUAACUCAGACUCCAUGCACAUAGAGGACGUGGAGGCGGUGCAGAAGCUCCAGGACGUGCUCCAUGAGGCCCUGCAGGACUACGAGGCGGGCCAGCACCCGGAGGACCCUCGUCGGGCAGGCAAGCUGCUGAUGACCCUGCCUCUGCUCCGCCAGACCUCCACCAAGGCCGUGCAGCACUUCUACAGCAUCAAGCAGGACGGCAAGGUCCCCAUGCACAAACUCUUCCUGGAACUGCUGGAGGCCAAGGUCUGAUUGGCUAACCACGUCAACAACCCCCAAUAUGUCAGUCUGUCAGUCGCACCCAGCCUCCUCCCAUUGACCCC